CCCCUGUGCCGUGCUGUGCUGUACCUGGUGCCUGGGCUGUGCACUGUUUGCUAAGCCGGUACUUUUUAGUUGGCAUCGCUUGUUCGCUCAGUUCUUUCGACAUUCUCUCUUUCUCCUUAUACCAUCUCCUUUUUUUCCUUCCUCACUAUUCUAAUCCCAUUCCCUUUUAUUUAUUUUCCUUUAAACUUGUUCUAGACUUCUUGCAUUUUCCGUUCUUUAUAGACCAGUCACUCUUUCCGCUCGACAGCGCAACAACCAACUACACCACCCCGACCGAAUACACUCUUUCGACUUUCAAGACUCACAACAAACACCCAAGAUGCACUUCACUUCUGCGAUCGCCGCCAGCAUUCUGGCCGUUGUCGCUGCCGCCGACGGCACCAACUGGCUCGGCUUCAACUCUGGUUCUACCUUUGCCGACCGCUCCGCCAAGUUCAAGAAGGACUUCGAGGCCGAGUUCAAGACUGCCCAGGGCCUUGAGGGUGCUCCCGGCAAGUUCAACGCUGUCCGUCUCUACACCAACAUCCAGGCCUACUCUCAGGAUGACCCCAUCCAGGCUUUCGAGGCUGCCAUUGAGACCAAGACGCACUUGCUUCUCGGUAUCUGGACCUCUGGCACCGACAACAUCGACAAGGAACUCAACGCCCUGAAGAAGGCUGUCUCCCAGUACGGCAGCAAGUUCACCGACCUCGUCAUCGGCAUGUCCAUUGGCAGCGAGGAUCUCUACAGAAACUCCGUCACUGGAACAAAGAACAAGGCUGGCGUUGGUGCCGACCCUGAUGUCAUUGUCAACUUCAUCAACACCUACAAGAAGACCUUCAAGGACAACGCCCUCAGCAAGGUCCCCGUCGGCCACGUCGACACCUGGGACUCCUGGACCAAUGGCACCAACAAGGCCGUAAUUGAUGCCGUCGACUGGAUCGGUGUCGAUGAGUACCCUUUCUACGAGAGCGGCAAGGGCAACAACAUUAGCAACGCUGGUGUCCUCUUUGACCGCGCCUACGAGGCUACCAUUGGCGCUGCUGGUGGCAAGCCUGUCUGGGUCACGGAGACCGGAUGGCCUGUCUCUGGCAAGGCCUGGGAUCAGGCUGAACCCAACGUCGCCAACGCCAAGAAGUACUGGGACGAAGUUGGCUGCCGCAAGCUCUUCAACAAGACCCCCACCUUCUGGUACAACCUCCGUGACUCCAACCCCGACAACGAUGUCAAGUUCGCCACCCCUGACAAACCCCAGGCCAGCAGCACUAACGGUGGCUCUCCUAAGUCUACUGGUGUCGCUGCUCCUUCCAGCGGCUCUGGUGGCCGCCCUGGCUCCGGCAACGACGGUAACACCAACAGCGGCUCCGGCUCUGCCACCCAGAGCGCUCCUGGCUCCAAGCCUACCAAGGACAACGGUGCUGGCGCCCUUGCCGUCCCUGCUGUUGCCGCCCUCGCCGCUUUCCUCUUUGCCCUGUAAAUGGUUUCCCCUG